CUGUCAUCUCUCUUUCGUUUUCAAUAUAGCUGUAACUUUCAAAGCGAGCAGACGUUUCACGGAAAGUUAGUUUGGAAAAAGUGGGAGUGGAGAGCAAAGAAAGUUGUGAGAAUACAAAAAUCAGAAAAGUGCAGUGAAUUUCUGCUGCUGGUAUUAGUGUAUGUGUGCGUGUAUAUGUAUGUAAGCUGAGGAAAAGAGCAACAUUUUCAUUUUAACCGAAUUGGAAAUAUUGACAAAAGAAGAAGCGAAGAAGAAAAUAUACAUAAUUAGGGAGAACAGGCAAAUAGACAAUAUGUCCACUGUAGAAUCUUCUAGUUCAGCGGUGCAGCAGCCACCCUCGUCCACACUUCCAAUGCUGGGCGACAACCAGGUGACCACAAUGCAACUGCAAAUGCAGGCCUCAACCUCAUCGGCAGGGGGCGGGGUCGGGGGCAGCAGCAUGUCGGUGGGAAGCGUACCGUUAGAUACGCAGAGCAGUGGCGAGCCGCCAGCUAAAAAGCAAAUGCUUGAUCCAAAUGCAGCUUCCUCCUCGUCAAGCUCGUUGUCGGGCGGCGGGGGCGGUGGACCAGCUGGAACUGGAAGCGGAACAAACGAGAAGCUCGCCUAUCGCAUCUCGACUGCUCUUUGCUGUGCCGUUUGUCUGGAUCUGCCCAAAACGGCCAUGUAUCAGUGCCAAAUGGGUCAUCUGAUGUGCGCCGCCUGCUUCACCCACCUCCUGGCGGACGGACGCCUGCGGGAUCAGAUUGCCACAUGCCCCAAUUGCCGUGUGGAAAUAUCAAAGAGUACAGCUUCCCGUAAUCUGGCCGUGGAAAAGGCAGCUUCCGAACUCCCUAGCGAGUGUCAGUUUUGCAACAAGGAGUUUCCUUACAAAUCGCUGGAGCGUCAUGAACAACACGAGUGCCAGGAGCGACCCACGAAAUGCAAAUAUCAUCGCAUUGGCUGUCAAUGGCGUGGUCCCUACCAUGAGACCACCGAACAUGAACGCAAUUGUCUACAUCCUCAGAAAUCUGGCUAUGAGGUAAUGGCCGCCCUGGAGGCGCACGAUGUCAAGAUCAAGGAGGAAAAGAAAAUGUUUAACACCUUGAUUGAUUUGCUUAGCUACGAGAAAAUCAUCUUCAAUGAUCUGCAAAUGAAACCGUAUCGCACAGAUGAGUAUGUCCAUAAGCUGUUCUAUGAGACGGCACGCUUCUCGGCCUUCAAUCAACAAUGGGUGGUCAAGGCCCGCAUUAACAACAGCCAACGCGAUCCUCAUCAAUCGAAUGAGCGAACCAUUACCUAUCAGCUCAUACUGAAAACCAAGACCAGCACACCCAUGAGCAUACAUUUCUUUGCGCUCAAGGGUCCCUUCUCGGACAUGAAAGUCUCUACACAGAUUUACAAACACGAAUUCACAGAAACGAGCACUGAAAGCGAUUACUAUGUGCUGCCCUUGCCAGAUGGAACUGGUUCCACCGGAUCUAGCGAGUGUAAUAGAAUGUUGGCAAACAAGGGCAUUAAUUUCCGUUUAUUAAUGUUUCUGCUGAAUAAGUAAAUGGAUCGUUAAAUUCACGUAGUGCAGAAUUUUGAAAUUAGCUUAAGUUUGUUGUUUCUAACUCAUAAAUGUGCAAAAACUAGACAUAGUUAAUAUAUAAAUAUAUAUUUUCUAUCUAUAAAACAAGAUGACCCUACCCAACCCUCCCACAUGAACGUACAUAUAUAAACAAUCACGAUUCACGAUAACAAUGUAACACUGUAACGCGGUAGGUUGUAAUUGUAACCUAACUUUAGUCGAGUUUUAAGCUUUAUAUUGCAAAACUUUGUCCUUCACAUGAAGGUUUUACUGAAGCUAACGUAAACAGAUGCGAUAUAAUUAAUAAUGUAAGACAGACAUUAAUUAACCUAGUUAAAAUCCCUGAUUAUGUUUAAAUGUCCAUUUAUCGCCGUAAACUGACAGCCAUACACACCUAAAUUAUAUCAAAUACAUAUAAAAUUAUGUACAGCUAAUUUACAAACUUACAUAAAUCAGAAAAAUGCCAUUUGAAGAAACUUAUAAAAAUAACUUUAAUAAAUACUAUGUUAAUCUUUGCUGUUAAUGCAACUGGAGAAUUCGUGUAGAGCGACUUGAAAUGAGCAUAAAAAUAAUAAUAUUUUAAUGAUCUCACUGGUAUAAUGAAAGAAAUAAGCUGAUUUUCCCCGAAAUGCGAGAAAUCGAGCCAUAACAUUAAUGCUAACAAUAACACAUACAUAUAUGUAUCUAUAUAGUAAACUGUCGACACGGAUUCACAGUCUGUGCAAAUAAAUACACUGUAAGAAAAACAACACCAAGCUGAUCCAAAA